AUGGGCACAGAUAAGCAGCCUGUUGGUAUACUAGACACCAUCAACAUGGAAACAGUUCGGACAAUUUUAACCCAUAAAUACCCCUACCCCCAUGAGCAUUCACGGCAUGCCAUAAUCGCAGUAGUUGUGGGCUGUUUAUUUUUUAUUUCAUCAGACAACAUGCAUACACUGAUUCAGAAGCUAGACAAGAACAUCAAAUGGUGGUCAAUCUACGCCUGUUUACUUGGUUUUUUCUACUUCUUUUCAUCUCCAUUUGUGGGGAAGACAAUGAAACCAAGCUAUUCAAAUUUCAGUAGAUGGUAUAUAGCGUGGAUAUUAGUAGCAGCUUUAUACCAUCUUCCAAGUUUUCAGUCAAUGGGAGUUGAUUUGAGGAUGAAUCUUUCUUUAUUUUUGACAAUAUUCAUCUCCUCUGUUUUUGUUCUCCUUGUUUUUCAUUUAGUAUUCAUUGGGCUUUGGUAUAUUGGUCUUGUUUCUCGUGUGGCUGGAAGAAGACCCGCUUUCUUGACUAUUUUCCAAAAUUGUGCUGUAUUAAGUUUGGCAUGUUGUGUAUUUUAUAGCCACUGUGGCAAUCAUGCUUUGAAUGAAAGACCAUUUGGAAGAAAAGACUCUGGCUUUUUUUCACUUUGGAAUAAAGGAGAAAGAAAUGCAUUGUUAGCAAAGUUUCUAAAAAUGUAUGAAUUCAAAGAUGAAGUAUGCAAAUCUUGGUUUGCUCCAGUUGGAUCUGCACGUGAUUAUCCACUUCUCUCUAAGUGGGUUAUAUAUGGAGAAUUUUCUUGUAGUGGUUCAUGUGAGUCAUCGGAUGAAAUUUCUCCAAUAUAUUCAUUAUGGGCGACUUUUAUUGGUCUCUAUAUUGCUAAUUAUGUUGUUGAAAGAUCAACCGGAUGGGCUCUUACACACCCUCUCUCAGUUAAAGAAACUGAGAAGUUGAAGAACAAACAAAUGAAGCCUAAUUUCUUGGAUAUGGUUCCUUGGUACUCCGGGACAUCAGCUGAUUUAUUCAAGACAGUUUUUGACCUUCUUGUAUCUGUAACUGUAUUUGUUGGAAGAUUUGAUAUGCGCAUGAUGCAGGCAGCAAUGAGUGGUGGGCAUGAAGGGGCAAAACAGGAAGAUUUUCUUUAUGAUCAUUUUAGUGAAAAGGAAGACUUUUGGUUUGAUUUUAUGGCUGAUACUGGUGAUGGUGGGAACUCUUCAUAUUCUGUUGCUAGACUUCUUGCUCAACCUUCACUUUGUGUUUGGAAUGAUGGUCAUUUGACCAAAUUACCCCGUGGGGACCUUCUUCUUAUUGGAGGUGACCUUGCGUACCCUAAUCCAUCAGCAUACACUUAUGAGAAGCGGUUUUUUCGUCCUUUUGAAUAUGCUCUUCAGCCACCUUCAUGGUAUAAAGAAGAACAUAUAGCUGUAAAUAAGCCUGAAUUACCCUCUGGUGUGUCUGAACUCAAACUAUAUGAUGGCCCACAGUGUUUUCUUAUCCCUGGAAACCAUGAUUGGUUUGAUGGGCUUCAAACAUUCAUGAGAUACAUUUGUCACAAAAGCUGGUUAGGUGGAUGGUUAAUGCCCCAAAAGAAAAGCUACUUUGCAUUACAACUACCAAAAGGGUGGUGGGUAUUUGGUCUUGAUUUAGCUCUUCAUUCAGACAUCGAUAGUGACCAAUUCAAGUUCUUCACAGAGCUAAUACACAAAAAGGUUAAGGAAAAUGAUUCGGUGAUCAUUAUGACACACGAACCAAAUUGGCUUCUCGAUUGGUAUUGGGAUGACGUGACUGGAAAAAACGUGUCACAUCUUACACGUGAUUAUUUGAAAGGGAGAUGUAAACUUAGAAUGGCUGGAGAUUUGCAUCAUUACAUGAGACAUUCUUAUGUCGCAUCUGAACAUGAAAACCCUAAUUCUGUGAAUGUCCAACAUUUGAUUGUGAAUGGGUGUGGUGGCGCGUUUUUGCAUCCUACACAUGUGUUUAGUGAUUUUAAACAGAUAUAUGGAACGACAUAUGAAAAUAAAGCCUCGUAUCCAUCCAUUCAGGAUUCCAGCCGUAUUGCACUUGGGAAUAUAUUGAAGUUCCGAAAGAAGAACUGGCAGUUUGACUUCAUUGGUGGAUUCAUAUACUUCAUCUUGACCUUUUCAAUGUUUCCACUUUGUAAGCUAGAUCAUAUCCUACAGGCUGACACGUUUUCUGGGCAUGUAAAGAGUUUUUUUAGCACAGUUUGGGAUAUUUUUAUGUACAUGGUUGGAGAAUCAUAUGUAUCUUCUAUGGCUUUGGUUCUAAUGUUGUUAAUGGAGCUUGGUGUUGAAACUUGCAUCAGACAUAAUCUCUUGGCAACUUCAGGUUAUCACUCGUUAUAUGAGUGGUACAGAUCAGUGGAGAGUGAACAUUUCCCGGAUCCAACGGGUCUUAGGGCACGUAUAGAGCAAUGGACCUUUGGGCUUUAUCCAGCGUGUAUUAAAUAUCUUAUGUCAGCUUUUGAUGUUCCUGAGGUGAUGGCUGUAACGAGGACUAACAUAUGCAAAAACGGAAUGGAUUCUCUGUCUAGAGAGGGUGCGAUUAUAUACUACGCAUCUGUUUUCCUUUACUUUUGGGUGUUUUCGACUCCUGUGGUUUCUCUUGUGUUUGGAAGCUAUUUGUAUACUUGUAUCAAUUGGCUUCACUUGCAUUUUGAUGAGGCCUUUUCCUCUCUACGCAUUGCUAAUUACAAGUCUUUCACUCGCUUUCACAUCAAGGAUAAUGGAAAUCUUGAAGUUUUCACUCUCGCAGUUGAUAAAGUUCCCAAGGAGUGGAAGGUGGAUUCGGAGUGGGAUAACGAGUUAAAACAAAUUCAGCAGCUGAAUCACUACAGAAAGUAUCCAAGUAAAUGGAGGGCGAAUGCUUAUAAUCAGGAUCCAGUUAAUACUGUUCGAAUUGUUGAUCGUUUUGUUAUUCAAACAUGUAAAGAAGAAUUAGGAGUAGCAAAUGGAAAUGGAAAUGGAUCUGUUUCUCAUUGAUGAAGUUUAUCUGUAAGCUUAGAAAGUUAGAAAUAGAAUAUGAUCAUUAGAAGGUGUAGAGAAGAAAACUUAAUUAGAAUGUAAAGUGUAGUUAUGGUUGU